GGACACUUAAAUUCAGGCGGAAGCGGCUGGGAGCAGCGUUGAGAAAACUUCUUAGGAUAACCAGGAAGAUUUUGUUUGUAACUUAAAAUGUGUCAUUAAAUUGGGAGGUUAAGCGCGCAGCAAAGUUUCUCAAGACAUCUGGACGCGUCAAGAGGAAGUUCGUAUUACGCAUGGCGCAGGUCCGGAUAACUUUCGGGGGUGGAGAUUGCAAGAUUAUUAAAAAAAUACUAAGUGUCAAGUCACCCAUUGGCCACGCCGCUGUUUCGAUUUUGAAAAAAGUAGCGCCAGCACUUUGGUGCUUGUGGACAUGACGGUUUGACAUUGUGGACCGCGGUUUCAAAGGCUGGACUUGAAAGUGAGCCCAUGUGAAAUGUUUUCGACCCGGACAACAAGCUGGGAGGACAUCACUUGACAGAUGAACGUGGGAAUCAGCGUAGUCCGUCAUGAGGAUUCUGAAAUUACUGUGCGCUAUAGUCGGGCUUUUGGGAUCAAACGUUGCCAACAGAAACUGUCCGGACCUCAUCGUGGAUAACUGUCAGUGUUCGUCCGAGAGGUCCAAAGAGCUGAGCAGGCAGCACGUCCGGGUCAAAGUUGUGUGUGAUGAUGUAGACCUGCUGGAGACUCUGCACCCCAGCUUUCUGCCCAACAGAACCGUAUCACUGAAUUUGAAUAACAACAAGAUCACCGUGUUGAGGAAUGGCUCCUUCUAUGGCUUGGCAGCUCUGGAAAAACUGGAUCUGAAGAAUAAUCUGAUAAGCACAGUGGAGCCCUGGGCCUUCCGUGGUCUGCUGACUUUGAGGAGACUGGACCUGUCCAACAACAGGAUAGGUUGCUUCCACCCUGAAAUGUUUCUGGAUCUUGGAAAUCUUUUGAAAUUAAAUUUGUCUGGGAAUAUUUUCUCCACUUUGACUGUUGGACUCUUCACACACCUUUUGGCUCUCCAAGUGUUACACUUCGGUACAGAAACUUUAUUCUGUGACUGUCAGCUGAAGUGGCUUCUCUCAUGGGCUCGAAGCAACUCUGUGAGGAUAGGCAACAACACGGUAUGCAUGUUUCCCACCCAUCUCCAUGGCCUGGAGUUCCGCAAUCUUCGUGGACAGCAACUCAGAUGUGAUGGAGCUCUGGAAAUGCCGUUCUUUCAUUUGAUCCCUUCCCAGAGGCAGCUGGUUUUCCAGGGAGACCGUUUGCCUCUUCAAUGCACCGUCACUUACUUGGACCCUUCAGUUGAGCUGCAUUGGCAUCACAACGGCCAUGCUGUGCUCAUGCAAGAGGACCGUGGUGUUUAUGUGGAAGACACUUUGCUUCAUGACUGUUGUCUACUUACCAGCGAGAUCAUCCUCACCAACAUCGACGUGGGCCUUACCGGCACCUGGGAAUGCCUGGUGACUAGUUCCCGUGGCAACAGUUCUCGGCAGAUGGAGAUAGUUGUCCUGGAGAUGUCUGCACCAUAUUGCCCUGCUGACCGAGUCACUAACAACAAGGGGGAAUUCAGGUGGCCCAAGACUCUUGCAGGAAUCUUGGCCUUCUUUCCCUGCGCUCCUGCUACCUUUGGUUCCGCCCCUCACCCUUCUGGCAGUGCUCCUCAGCCCUCGGGGCAUAAGGAGAAGAAAGCAUGGCGUCGCUGUGAUCGGACUGGACGGUGGGAUGAAGAAGACUACACUCAGUGCCCUUAUGCCAGUGAAUUCACACGUGUACUACAUGAGCUCACCCAGAUAACCGUCAACACUACCAAUGCUCAGCCUUUGGGGGAGCAGUUAGUGGCCUUCACCAGCAGGGCGGCUCACUUUACCGAUGUCAUGGAUGUCAUCUUUGUUACACACUUAGUCGAGCGACUGACGAGGCUGGCAAAGAAGCGCAAAGAACUGGGAGACUACAUAUCAGAGAUAGCCAGCAACAUGAUGCUCGUAGAGGAGCGUAUCCUGUGGAAGGCCCAGAAUGAAGCAAGAGCAUGCACUCGAAUUGUGCAGUGUGUUGAACGCAUUGCUGACCUGGCACUAACUGGAGAAAAUCAGGCUAUUUCAAAGGUGUCUGCUAACAUAGCUCUGGAGGCCUUUCUGAUACGACCCUCCAACUUUCUUGGUCUGUCUUGCACGGCACUCCAACAGCCUCCAUUGUAUAAUGCAUCACCCCGACUGGAAAGCCAUACCACCAAGGACAAGGAUUCAGGCAGUAACACCAUGGGCGAAUCGUUCCUCAACUUUAAAUGUGACACAAUAAAUCGAAGCUCACCGGCCAGCCAUCUACUCAUGGACAUUUCUUGUCACAAGCCAUUAUGGUCCAGUUACACUGGGAAUAAAACAGGUCCUGACAGACUAAAGAUAAAUUGCGGCCAUCCUGUCUGCUAUAAGAAUUCUGUGGCAGUCGCCUCCAUCCAUUUACCUCUGGCUGUUCCACGCACCUCCUCGUCUGCUUUGCAAUCUGUUGAUAACUCCACUUGCAGGCUGCAGUUCAUCGUUUUCCGCAAUGGCAAACUCUUUCCGUGCAGAGGGAAUUCGUCCAAUCUCGCAGACGCCGGGAAGCGCAGGAGCGUGUCAACACCAGUUGCUUUCACCAAAUUAGAUGGCUGCAGCCUGGGGAGCGCCGUGCACUCCGUCACUAUUGCACUCAGGCACUUCGCACUGGGGGUAGAACCCACCGCAGCCUAUUGGGACUUUGACCUGCUGGAUGGACAUGGUGGCUGGAGGGCAGAGGGCUGCCACAUAACAGGCUCCGGUGGAAAUACGACCACCAUUCACUGCAACCAUCUUAAUAACUUUGCUGUGCUCAUGGAUCUGAAGAAGGUGCUGUCUUUCCCCCCAUUCCCAGGGGAAUUUUUGCACCCGGUCGUGUAUGCCUGCACUGCGGUCAUGUUGCUCUGCCUCUUUGCCUCCAUCAUCACAUAUAUAGUGCAUCACAGUGCAAUCCGCAUCAGUCGGAAGGGAUGGCACAUACUCCUCAACUUCUGCUUCCAUACCGCUCUGACCUUCGCUGUGUUUGCCGGCGGCAUCAAUCGAAUCAAAUAUCCCAUCAUAUGUCAAGCAGUCGGGUUCGUGUUGCACUACUCGUCUUUAGCGACCAUGCUGUGGCUUGGCGUGACAGCGAGGAACAUUUAUAAGCAGGUGACUAAGAAGCCUCCACAGAGCCAAGACGGCGCGGACCCGCCAAGACCCCCUAAACAGCCACUUUUGAGAUUUUAUCUAGUCAGUGGUGGAGUGCCCCUCAUCAUCUGUGGGGUCACCGCAGCUGUCAAUCUUGACAACUACGGUAGCGGGGAGCAAGCACCCUACUGUUGGAUGGCCUGGGAGCCAAGUCUGGGAGCUUUCUUCGGCCCAGUGGCCCUCAUCGUCUUGGUGACGUGCAUCUACUUCCUCUGUACCUUCAUUCAGCUGAGGCGUCACCCUGAAAAGAAGUAUGAGCUUAAGAAGCUAACAGAAGAGCAGCAAAGGUUGGCCUCCAUCGACGUGCCAACUCCUUGCCAGCAGGCGGCCGAGCCUGGCGUACUGACGGCACCACCUGCUGGGAGCCACUGCCCCGCCGGGUGCCCAGGUAUUCCGAUUAAUCCUGCACUGCUGGCCAACGAGCACUCCUUCAAGGCCCAACUACGCACAGCGGCCUUCACGCUUUUCCUCUUCCUGGCCACGUGGACUUUUGGGGCACUGGCUGUGUCACAGGGUCAUUUCCUGGACAUGAUCUUCAGUUGCCUGUACGGUGCCUUCUCUGUCACACUUGGCCUCUUCAUCCUCAUCCAUCAUUGUGCCAAACGGGAUGAUGUUUGGCAUUGCUGGUGUUCUUGCUGUCCUGGAGGGCGGGCCAACAAUUGCUCCGUUGCACAUGGGCAAGUGCCGCCCAAAGUCAAUGUAAAUGGAGAUACUCCUUCGCAUGGCCACGGUCACGGUCACUGCCACCAUGAAUCCCCGUGUAAAGCAGUGAUAAGCUGUAGUCACGGUAGUGUAAGUCACUGUAAACAUGCUGCCCAUCCAUCAUCACAGAAUCAUGUAACUUGUCUGACACCUGUGACUCCAUGUUGCGCUGCCCUGCAUAGCCAGCAGCUAAUGGAGGAGGAACCUACUGCAACACACGUGCUGCUACACGCUGAUCCCGAGGGUUACCGGCCGGGGAUCCAGUUGCACCCCUGUUUGAAGAGCAGCGGCAGGACUAAAGGCCGCCAUUUCAACCGCCGUUCUGCCACCAGUAUUUGUGGUGCGGGGAGUGAUAGGGAAUAUGCCUAUCAUAUCCCCUCCAAUGUUGAUGGAGGCAGCGUUCACAGCUCACACACUGAUAGCCCCCACAGCACUCACGAGCGCCACAUCCAUACUUGUCCACAUCAGGUCCACGAGGGCCUCCACGAGGGGCAUCAUACGUGCCACGCGGCAGCAGCUACCGCACAUGAGGCCGUCGCAUGUCAUAAUCCAUGCCACCGGCAUAUGUGCUGCACCAAAGCGAAUAUUUUCCCUUCUCUUUGCCCGGCAGAGGCAGCCGACACAGGCGUGUUCCUGUGCGGGUGCAGCAAAGCUGCGGAGGAGGAGCAAAUUACGCAUCACCAUUUGGAAAUGCACGCCCCGCGCAGACAAUCCUACCCGCAGAAUCCGCCCAAUCAGAAUGGGAUUCUAAAAGGUGGCUUGCAUGAGGGACUCCUUUACAGUUCAGACAGUACAGGGAAUAUACGCACUGGACCCUGGAAGAAUGAAACUACUGUGUAGUCAGGGAUGGAUCGCGGCAGCACCCUUCAUGCCACCAAAAAAAAAAAAAAAAAUCUUGUCUCCCAGAAUAUGAAAACAGUUUAAUCAUCUCAAUCAGUGUGGGAUAAUGUCCUCAUAUUUGUAUCUUAUACUGGACAGAAAUCUGCUACAGUAUAUGAAGUUCUCCCUGAAGAAAACCCAUUCCCAAAACAAUCUAUUUCAUUAAGAUAAAUAUAUGAACAUGUCAAAAGAUACACGUGAACAGAAAAUGAUUCCACUCUUAUCACCACAUAUCCUUUUAUGUAUUAAAAGAAAUUGAAUGGCUGUAUGUGUGGAUAUGUGUGUUAGUGCUCAAAGGCAACAAGCUGCAAGAUUUUUUUACGCUUUGAGUCUGAAUCCAUUAACUGAUCCAAUUAACCAAAACUUUCAACAAUUCAUGUCAUCCAUGUUUUAGACAACUAAACCAGCAAUUGUAGAUUUCUUGGGUUUCUUUGCCAUUCAGUCAAACUGUGAAUAUGUACGAGAUAUUUUCUAAAAAUACACAAAAAAAGUUAAGCAUUUAAGUGAUACUUUUUCUAGACGGGGGAAAAAUGAAGUCAAACGCUUUUUCAGGUUGGUCUUAAAUAUGCUCUCUCUAUGGUGUUGUUACUGUUACAUUUUUUUUCUUCAGAAAAUAAGUUUUACCAACUGUAACAAUGUGACUGCAGUUUCAAGUUUGUCUUAAAGAUUCCCUGAGUCUAGAUUAAUCACCUGUCUGCAACCAUGAAGACACAGUAGAUAAGUUAUUCAGCCACAAAGGACAUACAGUGGUGCCUUGAGGUAUGAGUUUUACCAAAAAAAAUAGGAACAGCAUUACCCUCUUCGUGCACAAAUUAUUAUUAUUAUUAUUAUUAUUAUAUUUUUUUAACCCCUUCAGACCUAAGCAUCCUGCUGAAGGACAUAACGCAUGUGCGCGUCUAAACCAAUAAAUACACUGAAUUUAGUUGCCACUUCUGGGAGAUGAUUGGAUGAUUGGAAACUUUACCCAUUAACAUCAAAUCAUGAGGUUUGAUACGGACUUUUUUGCUAUUUUUGGCUUAUUGAAAAUGGCUGACCAAACUCAACUUCAAAAAGGAUAAUGUAAGGUGCUCAUUUCUCAUUAAAAACACAUUAACAUUUAAAAUAACCAAUAAAUUCAUGAAAUAUCCUCGACCAAAAAGUUGCGCUUUGUUCUGUUGUUUGAGUAUAGUCAAAAUCAGCGCAGAAUUUGUAUUUAUUUUUUGCCCAGCAGAAAAAAUGCGGGUCUGAAGGGGUUAAACCUCUUACAGGGCACUCAUUUAACUCAUUGACGGUGCUAGACGUUCAAUAUGUCCGUCCUUCCAAGUCAAAAUAAAUCGGACGUCUAGCACCGUGAAUGGCACUCACAGCCGUUCUUCCUUGUCUAAAUUUGACGCCUGUUUCUGUCAAUGCCAUGCAAUGAGUUAAUUACUAUGAGGGGGAAAAAAUCUAAUUAAAAGUGUUACUUCACCCCAUAACCACAGUCAUUUCUGUUUUUAUUCAUUUUAAUUCCAUUUAGUUUUUAUUCAUUCGCUUGAUUUAUAAAUUUGUCAUUAUAUACAAAUAAUAUAAAAUAUACAAUAAUGAUUCAUAAUUUUAAGAAAUUACCACACAAAUUGCUACUAUUUCUGUUUACUUAAGUAAAUUUAUUACAUUCAUAUAGGAAAAGACAACUGUCCACUGUAGUGACCAUUGCCCAUGAAAGGGUUCAUAAAUUUCAGCCUCCGAAAAAAGCUUUUUAAUGUUUAAAUUAGGAAAAAUACCACGGCAUAGUUUUGUACUUUAGAAGAAUAUGCAGAAGUUAGUUAUUAAUUAAAAAUAAUGUAAAGAAAUUCAAGCAUAUUUUUUUUUCAGUCAGUUUCAGUUUUGCUAAUAGCAUUACCACACUGCAACACAGAUUCCAUUUUGUUUGCCCAUUUUCAUUAUGCAUUAGCAUUAUUCAAGCAGACCCUAUGACAAGUUAUAAUUUUACUUUUAUCACCAAAGUAUAAUUAUUGUUUUAUGUUUAUGUCCAAAUAACAACUCGUACCUCAAAUAGUGAGUUCUCUUCGAUUAGGACAUAUCUCAAGGCACUCGUGUACACUGUUCCAGUAAUCUCAAGUGAAACAAUAUAACACAAGGCAAUGGCAUCGCAGGCAGGGAAAAAUGAAUUAGCUUAAAGAAAUAUGAGCUUAAAGAUAUCAAAAUGUAAAUGUAACAAACAAAACAAAGUCAUGAUUGUAGAGUAGUCUGAAGGUCCAGAAUAAAAAUUAUUAAUACACCAUCCAGCGUUGAGGCUUAUGUGUUAUAACAAAACAUAAUUAAGCUAAUGUAUUGCUAAAUUUGUUUUACUUACCAUUCAUCUUCAUUAUAAAAUCCCAAAGCAAGCAUGAUCUCAUAUAUGCAACCAUCACUUGCUUUUCUGACUUUUUUCACCCAUGAGUAUUUGAUCUGCCUUUGACCUGAAAAGACUGCUGCAGUUCAUCAUAUCAAUUCCGUCAAAGCCUUAGAUUAAGCAUACUUAAAAACAUCAUUUUUUUCAAACAUUCGUUAUAAAGUCCAGUUUGUGAGUUUAGAUGAUUACGGCUUGGUCAUCAUGAGUAUGCUAAAAGAGUAAGAGAGGUUGUGUAACAUCUGAAACCGCAUGUCUGUGUUAAUGAAUGAUGUUUUUAGGUGUAUCCAAAACACUGGUCACACAUUUCAUCAGAAAAUCAAAAAACAAAAAAUAAAAAGUGCGUAUAAUCUGCAUAUAGACCGCAAACCCUGUUCUCGAAAAAUCACCUUGGCAUGCACAUCAUGUCUUUCUGCACUAUGUGCACUCCUGCUGUGUGAAUAAAAAAAGACUCCUGGUUAUUUUCCAUCAGAUUUAAAAUGUUUAUGAAUACAGUAAUUCUAUAUGUGAGGUAACGGGAAAAUACUGAUCUCUCAAUAUAAUACUCAGUAUCUGAGUUUGGAAAUAUCUUUUGUUUUCUAAUGCCUUUUAACGUGUUAUCAUUUUUGUUGCCAUUAACAUAAGUAUGCAGAUCUCAAUGUGUUGUGAGACUUUUUUCCUUGUAUAUCAGAAAUAGAAAUGCACUACCCAAUCUAAUGUUUGACCUAUCCGAAUGACUUUACGUACAGUUUCAGUUUGAUGUUUGUUCGGACGGGAAUAUCAAGAUUAAAUAAUGUGACUUCUAUAAAAACGAGAAGAGCGGACCACUUAUGAAAUGCUUGAUGGCAUAUUUUAAAUGACGAAACCCCUUUUUGUUGUGGUGGGGUUUUUUUUGGGUGUUUUUAUAGAUAAUGCAUGAAUAUCUCUCUCCACAGAGUCAUUGGAGUUUGUCCCACAGUCCUGGACCAAAUUAGUAAUUAAAAGCUGAAUUUUAGUGCUUAAAUAUUGGCCCAUAUACUUAUAGUCGCUUAGAUACUGGCAGACUGUCACUCUGCCUUUUCAGCUGUUGGAAAGGAGAGAUUAAAUUAUUACAUGAUAACAAACACACAUAUACGUAUGAUAUUAAAUUAUUACAUGAUAACAAACACACAUAUACGUAUAUAUACAUUUGUAUGUAUAGAGAGGGAGCGAGAGCGAUAGUUACACAGACAAAUUACCAUUCACAUUAAAAAAAAUAAAUAAAUAAAAAAAAGGAAAAAGUACUACUUGGGCAAAUCACAUUAUUUAACUAAACAGUGGUCUUGGUUAAUUGCUGUGCGAGUAUUUGCUAAAUGUUUUGUUUCAAUGUGUUUGGUGUCAUAGUGCCACUGUAGGAUACCCUCUCUAUUGUCAGCAGUAGCAGGUAUGCUGACCCAAAUGAGCAUGAUGACUUAAUUUUGGGUCACCUGGGCAACUGCUUGAAAACUGACCAGUGGUACUGUGACAAAACCCAAAGCCAGUUUUCACUUUUUUCUACAUUGACACAGAUUCCAAUAAAUGUAUUUUUUCACCAUGUAACUAGCCAGAGUAUCUUUGCAAUGUGUUUGUGAGUCAGCCUUCUUUAUAUGUGGCGGUGAAUGUGCAUAAGGCAAAAGCCUGUUUUGUUCUCUCAGUUCUUGCCACAGUGUGUUGACAACGGAGAUUUCCCACUGAGCUGCCGCAGGGUAGGAUUUUUAUAUGCCGCAGGCUUGGAUUCAGUGUAGUGCGCGAAUAUGCGUCUCUAUACGCCUCCAAAACCUUCAGCCAUGCAUGCACAUGCAUCGUUCAUACAAUUCUAAACCUUGGAACACUCUGUUUGGGCAUCUUUUAUAUGCAAUUUAUCACUAAUAUUUAAAGAUGUCCAUUCAAAAUGGAUUCAGAUCAAGCAGGGGUGUCCAAACUUUUUUUUUUCCUCUCUGAGGGGCCACUUUCAAAAUAUUCAGCGGAUGCGAGAGCCAACUUGAUAUUCAAUUACAAUUACAAUUAUAUUCCAAUUAUAUUUCAUCAAUUCAUUGGAUUGGAUGUUGUCAGGUUUGGUCCCUAAGCUAAUGGAGAGUGACUGUUUGAGUGCUAGCCUCAUCUAGCGUUAUGCUAAGAACUGCAACAAAAUGUAGGCUGAAUUUAUUCUUCUUGUGUGGGCCAUAUUGAAUAAUAUUUUCCAUAUAAACACUGGGCAGCAUGCUGCAGUUGGCCCAUGAGCCAUAGUUUAGACACCCCUGCACUAGAGAUUUCUAACCAGUACGUGGUAACCUAGUGUCUUGUGAGAGAUCAUAUGGGAAAUUUUCGAAUUUUACUUAUCGUAUUGGCCCCAAUAUAAAAUAGUGUUUUUUUGCAUUGAAUUAAGACUGAAAAAAUGGGGGUCGUCUUAUAUUCGCGGUCUAGACAUUAUACCCAUUCACGACGCCAGAUGGCGCCAGAUAUCAUUGAAGCGAUGUUUUGUCAUGACAGAGCUCAGCUACUCUCAAGUUUAACCAGUUUGCAUUACUUUAUUGCAAUGUUUUUCCUUAUUCAGAUUUGUUUCAAGACUACAGUUAGACUUCACUGUGGUGGUUAAUGCAGUUAUUGCAAUUUUGUUGUUUUAUCACAAUAUAUUGGUUUAUUUACAUUUCAAAAACCAGAAGCCAUUCAUUUACGAAUGUGAUUGCGCUUUAGUUUACAUAUUUUAAAUGUUCAGAUAUUAAGAUUUGAAUGAGGCAAAAUAACAUGCUUUUUCUCUCAAAUAUAUUGUGUACAUGUUUCAGAUGUACUGUAAUUAUUUUCUGUAUAAAAAAUAAUUUGGUGUUCAAAAAGUCUUUUUUUCAAACUUCAGUCUUGAAAAGAGGGGGUCAUCUUAUAAUCAGUGCUGUCUGAAAUUCGGGCAAAUACGGUAAUUGGUCCAAAAGCUUCUGUAUUUAAGUACCAAUGUAUCCUUUUCGUCUCUCUAUGGAGGCGAUUAAGUGUAUUUUAACAGGCAGAACAAUCAAAUAUUCUUCCACUAGCGUAUGCACUUUUUUGUCUAUUGGUGGGUGCUUAGAUUUUUUUGUGAUGUAAAAUAUGUGCCUUGAUUGUGAAAUCAAACAUGGUCAGGGAGGCUCUUGAAAGGUUUAAAACAGUUUAGAUAAAAUUUGGUGUGUAAAAACCAUGUUUUUCGGGUGUUUCCGUGAGGGAAUGGGUGUAUAUGCUAAGGCUUCCUUUUUUAUUUCCGUGAAUGCAAACAGUAAAACCAGAAGAACACCAUCCGCCUCAGGUGAACAUGUUACAGAAUAAGAACUAUAAUUUUCAGACCAUAUGGCACGCCUGACUAUAAGCCACCACCCACCAAAUUUGACAUGAAAACGGUAUUUGUUCAUAGAUAAGCCGCACUGGACUAUCAGCCGCAGCUGUCCUAACUGCAUUAUGGGAUAUUCAUUCCAAAAAAAAAAAAUUAACUGGCAACAAUUUAUUUGAAAGCGGCAUCAUAAGACCAAAAGAACCACCAUGAAGCUUUGAACCAAUUGGCCGUAAGGCUUCAUUGCUUCAAGAAGCUUUAUUUGGCCAUCACUGCUCCCUUGGGGGAGAGUGAACCUCUUCUGCCACCUGCUCUCAACGCUGUUGUCAUCCAACAUGCCCCCUAGCAUGCAUUGCGGCGCUACAUAUGUAAAUAACAAUCCAAAUUCAUGUUCUGUGUUAAUUAUUUCUUCCGUUACUGUUCCAGUUGUUUCAUUAAUUGCGAGCUAUGAUAUUUGGCAACACAUUAUUUGACAGUAAUGCUAUAAGACUGUCAUAAUCAUCAUAAUUGUGAAAUGACACUGUCAUGAGCGUUAAUGAAUGCUUAAGACAGCAGCAGCAAAUUAUCUCACUUUUGAAUGGAUGUAAAACGUCCGAACUGGACAUAAAUGAAGUUAGUGACGUAAUUUGCUGGAUGACACUUAAUGACAUCUGUCAUAAGCAUUAAUUAAUGCCCGUAAUAGUGUCAUAAUUAUGACGGUCUUAUGGCAGUCUUAGGACGCCGCUGUCAGUUACCUAUUAACCCAAAUAAAUCAACAAAUAAGCCGCACUGGACCACAAGUCGCAGGAUUCAAAAUGAGGGGAAAAAGUAGUGGUUUAUAGUCCAAAAAUUACAGUAUAUACAGUACGUACUAUAAUUUUGAAGGGAAAACAAUACAACGGAACAAAUCACCAGAAAUGUUUUCCAGUCAUAUGUUUCUUUGUCAUUCAGUUACUUAUAGUUUAAUUUUCCACUGUGUGGAACAGGCUAGUAAAUAUGAGCCUGAGCAGAGAGAGGCCAAGUGAGAAAGUGCCUGUGUUGUUAGCCGAAGACAAUGUAUUACGCCUGUGGGCACGCAUGAGUAAUCAGAUGUGGAAUAACAAGCAGGACUUUGCACACAUUCGCUCUCUACUUUUACUGAGGCAUUAACGAACCAUUGUAGGCACUGCAGAGGACUACAUAUGAUUGAGAAGUCUCUUUGUGCUGGAUGCUCUUUUGUUUUUAAUUGUGAGAAAAGAGAAAGACUGCUUUAAGAGAGGAACGCAGAUGCAUUGUUUCAAUUUAGUGUCAAUUGAUGUAUGCGUUUUAAAAUCCCUUUCUAAGCCAUGGGGCUUCUUCCCCUUUUUUCCUCCGUAAUUUUUCUACCAUAUCUUUAAUGGCUUCCCACCAUGACUUGUGAUAGAAAGGUGUGCUUGUCAUGCUAAUGCCGUCCUUGAAAAUAAAAUCUUGACUCAGAGAGAAGCGGUGUGAAUUUUGGAGGGGUAGGUUGAGCCCUAUAAGGGAUAAAGACACAUGAAGGGUGAGGGUGGGAGAUCAAAGAGGAAAAGAUGACAGGAAGAAGUGGAUGAGGCUUAGAUGUAAAGCACUGUAAUGUACUGUAAAUGAUUUAGUUGGACGUACAUGAUCAUAACUGUGUCCAAAGCAGGACAAAACGAACUUUUUCCAAAUGUAUCUGUUCACAAAAUUACCGACACCCAGUCCAGCACGCCUCCUCACGGGGAAAAACAAUGCACAAGUCUAGACCUGCACUGGAUAUGAAAAUAGAGCCCUUAUCGCGGCCUGAUUUACCACCACUUGUCCGCUCAACUACCUCCUCCUCUCCUACUUAGAAAAGGGGGUUGGUGGCGAUGAUUGAAUCUGAAGUUGUUGCUUUAUGAAUUCUUCACCUCUAUCUGCGGGACCUCUUUUGUUCCAAGAGGUUGUGUAGAUUUUGCCACAGUACAUUAUUUAAUAAAAUCUCAGUUUUUCCUCAAGUUACAGCUAACCCUAGUCUAAAGCAAAGUGUUUUUUCUUAAAAAUCGAACUGAGACAUUUCAAUUUGCAAUGUAAACAUUCACUUUUACUUGUUGUCUUCUCAAUCAAUGCCCCCUGCCGUGCU